CGUUGGUGAGUUGUCCACGAUGUGGUGAAUUUGAUGACGGAAAAAAGAUGUUGGCCGCGGUGGGAUUCGAACCUAGAGGUCCUCAGGUGUCUACACUUGGUGCGCUACCACUGCGCCAUGCGGGCCAUGAUACUUUUCAUGGAUGUUUUUGCUAGGGGAAAAAUAAGAAAACGCGUAGAGUUGUGAUGCAGCGAUUUGCUCAAAUGAAGAGGAUGAUUAGUUUGAGUGAUUCACGAAUAAAACCAGAAAAGCGACUGCCAUCAAAGAAAACUCCAAAGGAAGAUAAGACUAAAAUAAAAAUCACAGAAGCGCCACAACAAUCCUCUGCAUUAUUCUUCGAAUAUAAUACACAACUUGGACCGCCAUAUCAUAUCUUACUUGAUACAAAUUUCAUUAACUUCUCCAUUAAAAACAAAUUAGAUAUAAUACAAAAUAUGAUGGAUUGCCUUUAUGCAAAGUGUACACCAUAUAUAACGGAUUGUGUAAUGGGUGAGCUAGAGAAGCUUGGACAAAAGUACAAAUUGGCAUUAAGAAUCAUCAAGGAUCCGCGAUUUGAAAGGUUAAAAUGUAUGCAUAAGGGAACCUAUGCAGAUGAUUGUCUUGUGAAUAGAGUUACGCAACACAAAUGUUACAUUGUUGCAACAAAUGACAAAGAUUUAAAAAUGAGAAUACGAAAGAUACCGGGCGUGCCGAUAAUGUACGUAUCUCAGCAUAGAUUUACGAUAGAACGAAUGCCGGACGCUUAUGGUGCACCCAAAUAGUUUAAUUUAUCAUAUUAUU